CAAGUGGCUCUAUGGAUUCAUGCUUGAUGAUCUGGAGUAUGAGACCCCAAAUGAGAGCCUAUCGCUUUGUGGGUCACAAAGAUGCAGUGAUGUGUGUUCAGUUUUCACCUUCUGGCCAUCUGGUGGCCUCAGGCUCCAGAGACAAAACUGUCCGUUUAUGGGUUCCAAAUGUCAAAGGAGAAUCUACUGUGUUCAAGGCUCAUACGGCAACUGUAAGAAGCGUUCAGUUCUCCAGUGAUGGACAGUCCUUGGUUACAGCUUCUGAUGACAAAACAGUCAAAGUAUGGACAGUUCACAGACAGAAAUUUAUCUUUUCCUUGAGCCAGCACAUAAACUGGGUUCGCUGUGCCAAAUUUUCUCCAGAUGGAAGACUAAUAGCUUCUGCAAGCGAUGAUAAAACUAUCAAACUAUGGGAUAAAACCAGCAGAGAAUGUAUACAUUCUUUUUGUGAGCAUGGUGGGUUUGUGAAUCAUGUGGAUUUUCAUCCCAGUGGUACAUGCAUUGCUGCAGCUGGUACAGAUAACACAGUGAAGGUGUGGGAUGUUAGGAUGAAUAGACUACUUCAGCAUUAUCAAGUGCACAGUGCUGUGGUAAACUGUCUUUCCUUUCACCCCUCUGGAAACUACCUCAUUACUGCCUCCAAUGAUUCAACCCUUAAAAUUCUGGAUUUACUAGAAGGAAGGCUGCUGUAUACUCUUCAUGGUCAUCAGGGGCCAGCUACCUGUGUUGCCUUCUCAAGAAUUGGGGACUUUUUUGCUUCUGGAGGGUCAGAUGAACAGGUGAUGGUAUGGAAAACUAACUUUGAUGCUGCUGAUUAUGGAGAUGUAUUGAAAACUCAGAAGUAUGCCACUAAUGUAACAGGAACUCUUCACAAUCUGCAAUCAGAAAUGGAUUGCGGUGAUCCUCCUAAGAAAAACAAAACACAAGAAUCUGCCAGGAACCAGCACCAGCAAGAGGAGGAGACAAGUCUUGCAGAUACCCUAGAGCAUAUUGUGGGACAGUUAGAUGUUCUUACUCAGACUGUUUCCAUUCUGGAGCAGAGACUGACACUGACUGAAGACAAGCUGAAGGAGUGUCUUGAGAAUCAGCAGAAGCUCAUGCACAGUAAAGGGAAUUGA